AUGAAAUAACCUAAUAAAAUCGCGUGUAAUCAUGUGUGGUUUUGCACUAGCUUGAAUUGUUAUUGAGAGAUAGAUAAAUUUAGAAAGAAGAUGAGUUUGUUUGUUAUAAAUAGAUAUGAAGGUGAAGACAAAGAAGAAACUGAAAAUGAAACAAAUAAUCUUUCUGAAUUGUUAAAGAAAAUAGAGGAGCGUAAAAGACAAAGAGCUGCAGAAAAUAAUGAAUCCACAUUAGAUGUCGAUCAAAAUGAUUUAAAUAAACCUAAGAAAAAGAAGAAGAAAAGUCUGCUUAAUACAGAUGAAACUAAUGAUUUACAUAUUGAGAUCAAAAAUGGAUUUAAUGAAAAAAUUAGUGAACAAACUACAGAAAUGGUCAAAACAGCGACAAAAAAGAAAAGGAAAAGGAAAGAUGAUGAGAGUGAACAUGCUUUGGCACAAGAAAAUGAAGAAUUAGAAGAAAAGAACAAAAAUUUAACAAAUGAAAAAGGAGAUGAUACUGAAAAUUUAGCAAAUACUGCAAAUGUCACAGAAAAAGAAAUACCUUUGCAGAAUCAUUUUGUAGUGUUAGGUACAAAAUCUCGAAAAAAGCAACGUGAAGUUAAAAGAGUAUUGCCAGACUGGCUAGCACAUCCAGAGAUUAUAUCUGCUGAUUUGAAUAGCGGACCUAGUUUGCAGGAAUUAGAUUCAAUUUUGGAUGCUAAAUUGAUAAAAGUCUUAAAGGCUAACGGUAUUGUUAAAUUAUUUCCAGUUCAAUCUAAUGUCAUAAAAUGGUUACACAAGUGCAACAUGGAUAGGAAAUUAGGGCGAUGGCCGAGAGAUACUUGUGUAUCUGCUCCUACAGGAAGUGGCAAAACCUUGGCUUAUGUAUUGCCAAUUAUACAGGAACUGCAAACACGAUUGGUACCAAAAAUACGUUGUCUAAUUGUUCUACCAGUACAAGAAUUAGCUGCACAGGUUCAUAGAGUAAUGCUCACUUAUACAUCUCACACAAAUUUAAAAGUGGGCUUGCUUUCAGGUGCAUUUUCGUUUGAACAAGAGCAAAAUAGUAUAAUUAAGAAAACUGAAAGGGGAAAGUAUUACUCCACAGUGGAUAUUAUAAUUGCGACGCCUGGCCGUUUAGUGGAUCAUAUAUUAAAAACUCCUGGAUUUUCUUUCGAUUCUUUAAAAUUUCUUGUUAUCGAUGAAGCCGAUCGCGCAGCGGAAUGGAUGCAGUAUUUACCUGAGCCUCACUCUCGCGCUCCUAUUUUAACACUUGGAAAUAUACACUCCAGCAAAAUUACGCCAGCUCAAAAACUAUUAUUUAGUGCGACCUUGUCGCAAGAUCCUGAAAAGUUGAGCUGGUUAGGACUGUUCCAACCAAUACUGUUUACGACCGUUGUGACCGACAAAGAUACGGAUGUAAAUUUGGACAAGAUUGCGGGUGAUUUCAUCGGACGUUAUACGAGUCCGGGAGAACUGACGGAACUCGCGAUGGAAUGUAACGUCGAAUACAAACCAGUUGCGCUGUAUCAGCUGUUGACGAGGCACGAUACCAUUUCCAAGACUCUCGUUUUCACGAAUUCCGGGCAUACCACGCACAGACUGGCGCUCUUGAUGCAAUCACUCUUGUCGAAGCGGAAUGUCGCGGUCGGAGAAUUAUCCGCGCAACUCGCGCCGAAGCAACGUGAAAGUGUCCUCGGCAGAUUCGCAAGCGCUGAGAUACAUGUAUUAAUAAGCUCAGACGCGCUGGCUAGAGGUUUGGACAUUCCGGAUGUACAACUAGUCGUAUCUUAUGAUGUCCCGAAACACAUCAAAGGCUAUAUACAUAGAGUCGGUAGAACCGGGCGAGCGGGUAAAUCGGGCAUUGCAAUAACUCUGCUCACACCUAAUCAAGUUGGGAUAUUUAAGCAAAUGUUAAGUGGUGCACAUAAAGUCGUGCCCAAUAUCGAACGAAUAGAAUUCGAUGACAUGGCGAAACAUAAUUAUCUGGAUCAUCUUAAAAAAUUAAAGGACAUUCUUGAGAAGGAGAAAAAUAAAAGCUUAGAACAAAUGAAAGCUAUUAAACGUAGACGUGUAAUGAAUGUGACUAAGCAAAAUAAAAAUAUAGAAUAAUUUUUUAUGUUAAAA